AGUAGUCUGGUGACAGUGAAAAUGCGAGUUCUUGCUGUAUUGGCCCUUUGUGUUGCUGUGGUGGCAGCCGUGCCUGCCAGCUUCGAACGGAUAGUGGGUGGUUCUUUAACGACAAUAGACCAGUACCCCUCGAUCGUAGCUUUACUCUAUGGAAGGAACUUGAUCAACUAUGGUCAAGCUUGUGGUGGAAAUAUACUUAACAAUAGGUCCAUCCUAACUGCUGCUCACUGCACAGCUAACGAUACCCCUCAGAUGUGGCGCUUCCGAGUAGGCUCCUCCUUCGCCAGUAGCGGUGGUAUUGUGCACAAUGUUCGGCAAAUCAUCGAGCAUCCCACCUACAACGUUGCAGCUCGAUUGGAUAAUGACUUCGCAAUCUUGCGCUCCGCCUCAGCCAUCAUCUACAAUGACAACGUUAAGCCUAUUGCCAUCGCUGGUGCUAAUUACCAUCUCGCUGAUAACCAGCCUGUCUGGGCUGCUGGAUGGGGAAAAACCCACGAAUUCACUAUUCUCGGUCCUUCUUCUGAGCAACUGCGUCACGUCCAGAUCUACACCAUCAACCAAGAAGAGUGCAGGAGUCGUUAUGGCAGUGCAGCUAUCACUGACAACAUGGUGUGCUCUGGUGUGCUGGACGUGGGUCGUCGUGACCAGUGCGGAGGUGACUCCGGCGGUCCUCUCUACCACAAUGGAGUCCUUGUCGGUGUCUGCUCCUUUGGCAGAGGUUGCGCUAGAAGGAGGUUCCCUGGUGUCAACGCUCGAGUUUCCAGUGCUUCUGCUUGGAUUGUUAACAACGCUUAAAUAAACGAUAUUAGUAACAGCA